AUGGAUUCGCUGGCCAGCUCAGCCCAGGCCUCCGAUGAUGGUGCCCGCAGGAAGCCCCGCCUGGCCGCCUCGUUGCAGAUCAACCCGGGGCCCAAACCCUGGCGCCCCUCGGCCAGCCUGAACCGGAACACCUGGGAGCGCCCGUCUACUCCCAGCGUGGACGAAGACCUGGAGGGCUCCGAGCAGGCCCUGGUCUCGGUGGUGGUGGACGGUGGCCCCGGGGAAGGGGCCGGAGUUGGGGAAGUAGGGACAGCCCGGGCUGCGGAAGAUGUAGAGGGACAGAUGGGGAAGGCUCCGAGGGGCUCGGGUCCCCCGGCAGGGCCCGCUGGAGAUUUCCAAGGGGCCUCCAGACGGAUGAGCCUGCCACUCAAAGACCCAGCCCCUAGCCAGGCCGUGUCCUUGCUGGCCCAGUAUGCGGCAGGCCUGGGCAUCUCGCUUGUCUUCAGAGAGGACCACAGGGCAGGUGCGUGCUUCCCUUUCUCGGCACAAGUGGAGCUGGAUGGCGUGAUGUGCCCGGCGGGCACUGCCAGCGACAAGCUGGAGGCCAAGCAGCAGGCGGCGCUGUCCGCCCUCCGCUACAUCCGGAGUCAGCUGGAGAGCCCAGAUCCCGUGCAGACUCCCAGCAGGCCUGCCUUCACUUCUGUGAGCGUAGAGCACAUCCUGACGCACGAACAGCGCUGUGCAGCUGCCGUCAGUGCCGGCUUUGACCGCCUGCUGGACGAAAACUCGCCGUACCGGGCCUGCAAGGGGACCGUGGCCGCAGUCAUCUUGGAAAGGGAGAUCCCAGAUGCCAAGGGCUAUGCCAAGGAGAUCUACCAGCUGGUGGCGCUGGGCACGGGCAGCAGCAGCUGUGGCGGCCGGCUGGAGUUCUCAGGCCGCCAGCUACAUGAUUGCCACGGCCUGGUUGUGGCCCGCAGGGCCCUGCUGAGGUUCCUCUUCCGACAACUCCUACUGGCCACGCUGGGAGGCCCCAAGGGCCAGGAGCGCUCCGUGCUAGCCCCUCAGUUGGGCCCUGGGCCCCCCUUUGCCCUCAAGCCCCGGAUCUUCCUGCAUCUCUAUGUCAGCAACACGCCCAAAGGAGCAGCCCACGACGUCUACCUCCCGCUGACCUUGGAAGCAGGCCUCCUGCACAGCCCCGCCUUCUGCCUGCAGGCCCAUGUGCACGGGCAGCUAAAGCCUGUGGGCUACCUGGCCCCCUCACUCCGUGACACCCACAUGGGGUGCCUGUCGGCCAGUGACAAGUUGGCACGCUGGGCUGUGCUGGGGCUGGGUGGUGCGCUGCUGAGCCACUUCCUGCCGCCGUUCUAUGCCACCAGCCUCGUCUUGGCGGACCCCUGCCACCACCUGCCCACUGUGAACAGAGCCGUGCAUACACGGCCCAGCCUGGACAGCACCCUCGGGCCAUGCCUGCCGCCACCCUAUGGCCGCAACACCCUGCACCUGUUUUCAGGGCCCUCUGUGGCCCCUGCCAACCCCGUCUCCAACACCUGCCACAACCUGAGCCUCAAUUGGAGCCUGGGGGACCCUGACGUGGAGGUGGUGGAUGUCACCACGGGGCGUGUGAAGGCCGAUGGCAGCCUCGGGCCUCCAUCCCGCCUCUGCAAGGCAGCCUUUCUCCGGGCCUUCCGCCAGGCCGCCCGUGCGCUGCGCAAGAGCCACCUGCUGGCCCUGAAGACCUAUGAGGCAGCCAAGGCUGGGCCCUACCAGGAGGCUCGCCAGCAGCUCUCUGCCCUCCUGGACCAGCAGGGCCUGGGGGCCUGGCCCUCGAAACCGCUCAUGGGCAAAUUCAGGAACUGAGACAGAUGUCUGGACUGAGACCCCGUGGGACAGCGCCUUGCUGGAGGAGGGCACCGUGGUGCUGGGGGCCGGGCGGGG